CAAAUGGUGGUAUUCAAAGUAUUAACAAUAGUAGAAUGACACUAGAUCCUGAAGGUAAUCUAUGGUUUUCUAAUGUGACUCGAUAUGACGCUAGUAGUGGCUUUACCUAUUCAUGUGCAGCAUCAUCAUUCUUCAGGAGUGAAUAUAAAUUAGGUAACCAUGUGGAAUUGAAUGUAAUUCAAACUGCAGGGACAGCCUUACAAAAUAAAUAUCCUCCUACUCAACAAUAUGUCACUAGAAGAAAUGAAAUAGCGUUAUUGAAUAAAAGAGUUGAGUUGUAUUGUAUUUAUGGUGGAACUCCAUUACCUGAAACAGUUUGGCUUAAAGAUGGUAAACCUAUACAAUCCAAUGAACGAGUUAGCCAAGGAAAUUAUGGUAAAAGUUUACUUAUUCAAAGAGUCAAAUUUGAAGAUAAAGGAAAGUAUACAUGUGAAGUUAGCAAUGGUGUUGGAUCACCUCAAUCAUACAACAUUGAACUUGAUGUUAUGGCUGUGCCAUUUUUCACCAUCACUCCACAAAUUGUGGAAAAAGCUGAAGGAGAAACUGCCGUUAUUAAUUGUGAAGCAAGUGGUAAUCCAGAACCUACAAUCAAAUGGAUUCAUAAUGGUAAACCGUUAAGUGAAGCAUCAUUCAAUUCUAGGCGCUCAGUUACCUCAAAUUCAAUCACAAUUACAUCAUUGAUUAAAAAUGAUACUGGCAAUUAUGGUUGUAAUGCUACCAAUAGUCUUGGAUAUGUUUACAAAGAUGUUUAUAUUAAUGUUUUGGCCAAUGCCCAAAAUUGAACACAAUGGUCCUGGCUUAAAAUAUAGAGUUUACUGGAAGCAAGAUAUACCUGGCCAAGCUUGGAAUUCUGAAGAGAUAACAGAUUAUACUGUAGACAAAUUAGUUAUUAAUAAUCAACCAACAUAUCAGCGUUAUAAAGUAAAAGUAGUUGCAUCAAAUGAAAAAGGUGAAUCAAAUGUACCCCACAAAGAAGUUAUUGGAUAUUCAGGAGAAGAUGUUCCUGUUGAGGCACCUCAAAACUUGACAGUAUUAAAUGUUACUGGAAGUAGGAGUGCAAUAUUGAGUUGGCAACCAGUUUUACCUGAAUCGGUUAAAGGCAACUUUAAAGGCUACAAGAUUCAAUUUUGGACUGAAAAAGAUGAUAAAAAUGUAAUCGAAGAGCAAGUUGGUCCAGAAAAAAUUACAGUUGAAAUAACAAAAUUUUUACCUAAUGUUAAACAUUAUGUGCGUAUUCUUGCAUACAAUAGUCGUUUCCAUGGACCGCAUAGUCAAAUAGUAUCUUUUGUUACACCUGAAGGAGUUCCAGGUCCAGUCCAUGGAGUUGAAGCUGAACAAUGGGGUUCAUCUGCAAUUUUAUUGAGUUGGCAGCCUCCUGAAGAAACAAAUGGGGAAUUAACAGGUUAUGAGAUUUCAUAUGAGCCUAUGACUCAACAAGGAGUUGGUGAAAAAACUCAACGUCCAGCUAUUACAGAUCCUAAUCAGACUACUGCUAAAUUGGCUUCUUUAAAACCAGCUACUAAUUAUCGAAUCUAUAUUAAAGCAACCACUAAAGCUGGUGUUGGUGAAGCAUAUUUUAUUGAACAACAAACCAAAUCACCUUUGCCAGAGGGAACUGAAUUAGAUAAGCCAGAGUUUACUUAUGAUCAUAGACCUAAUAGUAAUGCUUUUGAUACAGUUCGAAUUUUAUGGACACCUAAACUUGAUGGCAAUCCAGGUUCACACUUCUUUGUAAAAUACAAGCUCAAAGGUGAUAAUUUAUAUGAGAAAACUAAUCCAGAGCUUGACAAAAACUAUAUUGAUGUAAAGGGUUUGAAACCAGAAGAAGUAUAUGAAUUUAUUGUGGUUGCUGUCGAUGGUGAUACUAUGAAAGAUUCAGACAUAGUUGAAAUUGAAGCAUCGAGCACUGAUCCAUUAAUUAGAAGAAGUGAAAACAUGGCUACGUCUGGCUGGUUUAUUGCAAUGCUCCUUGCUUUAUUAUUCCUCAUAAUUUUAUUGAUUCUGGUAUGUAUUGUGAAACGUAAUAGAGGAGGAAAGUAUGUAGUUCAUGAAUCAGAAGCUGCUCGUGGUCGACAUGAUUAUCCUGACGAACCUCAUUUCCAUGAAUAUUCACAGCCACUUGGUGGUGCAAAAAGAUUAGGAAGUGAAAAACAAUCACCAGAAAGUGAUACAGAUUCAAUGGCAGAGUAUGGUGAAGGUGAUACAGAAGGAAUGAAUGAAGAUGGUUCUUUCAUUGGCUUGUAUGGUAAAAAAAGACAAGGUGAAACCACUUCUGCCGGUUUUGCCACACUUGUCUAAUUUUCUCAGUUUACUGAAGAUGGAUCUUUCAUUGGUCAGUAUGGCACAGCAAGAAAAAAUCGCCAACAUCCACCUCAACAACAAUCUCCAGUUCA